AUGCUUAGCUCUGCACCGAAGAGGGACAAGAUUCCUCCUUCCUUCAUUAAGAAUGACAAUGAUUUGCAAUCGUACCUCCUUGAUGUUACAAUUGAUGGUAUGAGGCCUUGUGUGAAGAUAUUUGUGGUUGAAAAUGAGUUUGAAGAAGGGGUUGAAGUUCCUGUUGAAAGGUCUCAUCAAGGUUCAAAUGCCGCAGCUGCACCACCACCAACAACAACAACAACACAACCACCAAUUUUAGAAGUAGAGGAGGAAAGAAUGGUGAAAGAUGGCUUCAAUGGAUUUAGUGAUGACUUGCAUGAUUUUGGUGACAAUAAAAUUAACUGGUAUGGUCCAGAAGAUGCAGAUGGAGCGAAAGAGCUCCUAGAUAUUGUCAGUCGGGCAGUUGGGGAUGAAGGUUUGGUGGACUCGUUAUCUACACAACACAGCCACCCUGAUGGUACAGGUUUUUUCCUUGGGAAAUGUUUUGACAACAAAUUGGAUCUAAUAAAACAGUUGGAGAUUGCUUCUGUAAAAAUGCAUCUUAUGUUUUGUAUGAAGAAGAGUAGCAGUAAAUUAACUUCAGUGGCAUGCCGAGAUGUGAGUUGCCCGUGGAAGUUAUGCGCUUUAAAGUAUGAGAGUUUUGAUAGGGUUUUUUUUACCAAGCACCAUGGCAAGCACACAUGCGGGGUACAACACAUAUCAAGCCAUCAUCCUAACCCAUCGUCGAAGAUUUUGGAUGCAUAUUACCAGGAACGCUGGAAGGUAGGUGAAAUAGCUAAGGCUAUAAUUAGGGGUACUCAGGAAGAAGGGUAUGUUUUGUUGGAAACGUAUCGCCAUUUUAUGAUAUCCUAUAAUGAAGGAAGUAUUGUUGAUUUGAAGGUUGAUGCUAAAUUGCAUUUUCGAUAUUUUUUCUUAUAUGUCGGAGCUUUCAUUAAGGGAUUCGCGCAUAUGGGAAAGGUUAUUGCUGUUGAUGGGAUAUUUCUGAGUGGCAGGUAUGGAGGUUGCUUGUUGUCUGCUAUGGCACAAGACACAGAGAAUCACAUUUUUCCAAUUGCAUUUUAUGUAGUCGAUAAAGAGUGCGAUAAUUCUUGGACCUACUUUUUUGAAAAGUUGUGGCACAUUGUUGACGACAGUGAUGAAUUGUGCAUUAUAUCUGAUCGGCAUCUGUCUAUUGGGAAUGGCUUCAAAAAUAUUUUUACUGCCGUUCAUCGUGGUUUUUGCACGCAUCACAUUGCUGAAAAUAUGCGCAAGAGGUUUCAUUGUGGAAUUUUUAUUAAGAUUUAUUUUCUGUCGCACAGUCAUACAAUACUGAGGAAUUCUUUGACCAUUUGCAGCAUUUGCAUGAUAAAAGCAGGGAAGUAG